AUGGCCAUCCUCAACUUCACCCUCAGCGAAGAUGGCGUCGCUGCCCUCCGUGAUGUCCUGACCUGCAUGAACAAGUUCAGCGACGACGUCUCCCUCGAGGCCAAGAAAGACAAGUUGAUUCUCACGGCGCUCAACCAAUCCAAAUCGGCAUACUCCUGCUUCACCUUCGCGACGAACCGCUUCUGCUCCCGCUACCAAUUCGAGGGCAGCGCGCAGUACCGGGAAAAGUUCUACUGCACGCUCCACAUACGUUCUCUUGCCUCCAUCUUCCGCAGCCGCGUCGGUGGCGAUCAGCAGCGUGACCGUGAGAAAGAGAGCACAAUCGACCGCUGUGACGUCGCUAUCGAGGACGGCCCAGGCGUCAAGAGUCGGCUGAUCGUGAAACUCGUCUUCCGGAAUGGUGUCACUUCCACACACCGACUGCCUUUUGAGGUCUCGGUGCCAGUUCACGCAAAGUUCGAUCGUGACGAGGCGCUCCACCACUGGACUAUCCCUUCAAGGACACUGAGGCAGCUGAUGGAGCACUUUGGCCCUGGCGUUGAGCUGCUGGACAUCAAUUCAGACGGCGAGCACGUCAACUUCACAUGCUUCACGGAGAAGACGACGAAUGGAGAUGAGGUCCUCAAGAAACCGCUGCAUACAUCAAUCGCUAUUGAAGUGGACGAGUUCGAAGAUAUAGAAGUCGAAGACAAACUCCGCAUCGUCAUUAGCGUCAAGGAUUUCCGCGCCAUCAUCCAGCACGCUGGCAUCACCGGCAACCACCUCUCCGCCCGCUAUUCCAGCCCCGCCCGCCCGAUCCAAUUCACGUAUCCCGGCGACGGCAUCAGCUGCGAGUUUCUGCUGAUGACGGUUGGCGAGAGAGGAAACCCGGCCCAGAAGACGAAAAAGGGCAAGGCCAAUGCUGCCAACGUCGCCCCGCGACAGCAGCUCGAGGCUGCGUCAAGAAGACAGAGUGCUGCGCCGUCCGAGGUACCGCAGCCUAUCGAGCAGCCGCCCGCCCAGAGCAUGCCGCCGCCUCUGCCCGCGGCAUCUGCUGCCAAAAGUUCCGUUGCGGCGCGCACAUCCUUGUUUGAUUUGCGACCGUCUCAGCGUCCUCCCCCUGCAACCAUGCGUUCGGAGGGCUUGUUCGUGGAUAACGACCAGGAAUGGGAACCCGUUAGAGACGAAGAGGACGAGGAUGCGGAGGAGAGUGCCAGGCUCGAGUGGGAUCACAGCAACCAACCCAAUCCAUCCGCCAUGCACCUGGGCCGGGCCGUUGCCGAAGAGAACGGCGAAUACAAUCCAACACCCGCUAGCAGUGCAGGUUUGGAGCCGACACAGCGUCUUUCCGAUGUCAGACGCCUCGGAUUGUUUUACCAAGGUCCAUGA